CUUCACAUUAAAUGAGAACAAAACUCCAAAAAAAAGACAGGAAGUAAACUUGUUCAGUAAAUUACCGAUUCGGUGAGUUUGCUACCGAUACAUUUGGCACAUUUAUUCUGAUGUAGGUCACUUGUUUAACGCUCGGUCUUCUUUAAAAGAGAUUUCCCAACCUGCAUACUUUCUAUGAAGUGCGUGUCAAGCGCCUUCUUCUUAUUCGGCUGAACUCGGCCUCCAUUCGGACACACUCGGAGUCAAUGGGCGUGCUCGGUUGCGGUGCGUCUCUACCGGCGGUACAAUCGGAUGAUCCCGGGCGGGCGGAGCCAAGUAGGAGGAAAUGGUACAGUUGGCUGGUUGGCUGACGGCUCCCAAGAAAACCGGCGACGAGCAUCCAGAGCCGGCAGUUUGACCGCACAUCAUCACUGCUUUCAGCUCUUCAUUGCUUCAACUGCAAUCGAGCAAGAUAAAUAUCUCAAGCAUAACACGAAAACACACCAGCGUUACGCGACUUAUAAACCAAGCAACAUUUGUAUGCUGCAGUUUCGAGAAAUAUCUGAGAAGGGCUCUGAGAUUAGCGUUACAAGUGAAGCGGCUGCAGAAUGGAGACGCAGAUACAUGUGCCAGUUGGGUCGCCAGUAAUUAGAAAAAUUCCCAUUUUCGUGGACGAACACAACGUGACGGAGGGGGCGAUGAAGCUCAUUAAAGAGCUGAGGCCGGCGUGGGACGCGAGCCAUGUCAAGACGAAGCUCUUCACUGAUGGAACUACCAACAAGCUAGUGGGCUGCUACGUGGAGGACAGUCCGGAUGAUGUGGUCCUGGUCCGAGUAUAUGGGAACAAGACAGAGCUGAUUGUGGACAGAGACAAUGAGCUCAAAAGCUUUCAGGUAUUGCAUGCCAAUGGUUGCGCUCCUCGUCUCUAUUGCACAUUUCAGAAUGGCAUCUGUUAUGAGUUCAUGCAGGGGGACGCUCUUGGGACGCAGGACGUCAGAGAUCCUUCCUUACUCAGACUGAUAGCCAGGGAGAUGGCUCGUAUCCAUGCCAUCCACGCCCACAAUGGUUGCAUCCCCAAACCUAACCUCUGGAUCAAGAUGCGAAAAUACUUUUCGCUUGUGGCCACAGAGUUCACAGACCAAGCGUCUAACACCAGAAUCCAGCAGGAGGUUCCCAGCAAGGCGGCUCUGGAGCAGGAGAUGGUGUGGAUGAAAGAGCAUCUCUCCACACUGGGCUCCCCUGUGGUGCUCUGCCACAACGACCUGCUCUGCAAGAACAUCAUCCACAACAGCAAAGAGGGUCAUGUUCGCUUCAUAGACUAUGAAUACUCCAGCUACAACUACCAGGCCUUCGACAUCGGCAACCACUUCAAUGAAUUUGCAGGAAUGGCAGAGCUGGACUAUGGGCUGUACCCCAGUCGGGAGAUGCAGAUGGACUGGCUGAAAGUGUACCUGCAGGCCUACAAGCUCUUCACUAAGAAAACCGAGGAGGUCAGCCCACGAGAGCUGGAGACGCUCUAUGUACAGGUCAACAAGUUUGCUCUGGCUUCUCACUUCUUUUGGGGCUUCUGGGCGCUCAUCCAGGCCAAAUACUCCUCCAUCGACUUUGACUUCCUUGGGUACGCUGUGCUGCGGUUCAACCAGUACUUCAAGACCAAACCUGCGGUGAUGGCCCUGCAGAUCCCAGAAUAAAGGGAGACGGGAAGACAGAAUGCGGGGAGAAGACCGGAGGAAAGGAGGGAACAGCUGGGACUUCCUGUAGGGCGGGAAAUCUUCUCUGUGAGUCAGCUGUUGAUGGACCACCCACUCGAUCUACCUGACAUCCUUCUCUACAACAAGCGCAAUUACUCUCUCAUUCCUCCAGCCUCCCUCCGUGUCUGUCACAACUGUAGCUCAAGAAUUUUACAGCUUCCACGAGUUCCGUGUGUAUGUGUGGGAUUGUGCUCUUGUGUAUGUUCUUAAUUUAUCUUGAAACCCGACAUCCUGCUCUCCCUUUUAGUCGCAGCUGAACCAGGCGCGGUGAGCACAGCAGUCAGGAGUUUCAGAUAGAGAUCGCUGACUUAGAACUUGCUUUAUUGGCUGCCACACUGGCAUCAAAAUGUUCCACAACGCUGGUAAUGAAGGUGAAAACAGGGACGAGGCUGUUAAGGAGGGUUUGAUGCUGACGUUAACAGAUAGCCGGUCCUGUUCUCUGUGUGCUUUAUCUAUGCCUCAAUGCCAUGGCCUCAUUAUAGUUAGGAAGUGACAAGAGAGGCAUUUCACCUUGGAUUCCGCAGAUUUUCCAUGUGGUGUGUACGUGAGAUGAUUCCUUCUUCUGUGUGCGCACAUUUUAACUCUUUAAGCUCAUGUCUAUGAGAUUUUCCAUCUUGUAGCUGCUGUAAUUCAGCACUGUACUGUCCACAGGAUCACCUGUGCAUCAAACAACCAUUUCUUUCCCCUGAUCUUUUUCUGUUGUUGCAGUUGAUUCUCCUUUUAGUGAUUUCAAGCAAACUACUGCUGCUAGAUGUGUAACAGACUUUCGGACACAGACGUGGAAAUGGAGAAGCUUUUCCUUGACUGGCUGUAGGUUGAAUCACUGUUGUGUUAUAGCAAUCUGUGAUAGAGAGUAGCUAAAUGUGCAUUUAUUUAUUUAUGUGAAGACAUUGUGGUAUAUUUAACAUCUCAGGUGAAACAACUCUCGGUUGUUAGUGUUGCUUUAAGUAAGUGUUGCUUUGUGUUAAAUUGGAAAGUGAUCCUGAAGGAGAGGAGAUGGAUGCUGGCUAAAAGAGGGGGACCUGAGUAAAUGUAAUUCCAAACUCUGAGUGCAUUUCUGUCCUCAACCCUUUUUUCCACCUUCUUGACUUUUAUGGUUACAGCGAAUCGCUCGGUUAAACUUUCCAUUUAAACUUUCCGGACCUCUUGGAAAAUUGCAACCUCGGUCAUCCCCACUGCCAACACCUCCUCCCCUCUUUUAUGCCCUCCUGUGUUUUGCUCCCUCUUCACGUUACCAUCUUUGAUUUCCUCCCUCCACCUCGGUUUUGUUUCAUAUCUCUUUUUUCAAGUUAAGUCAGUGGCAACUGUUGUGCAGGCCACGUUAACCUCAGCGACUGCUCUCAGCCCCGCACUGUAAUCCUUUUCUAUUCACACCCCAGAUUUGGAGCCAGUUUGUGUUACGUAAUCUGACAUUGCAUAAGGUAUAUUUGGGGGUCAAACCAAGUCUAGCUUCCAAAAGAGGCAGGAAUGGGUUAUCUGUGACACUGUCAUGAGAUCAGCCAUUACUUAGAUGGAAAAAAUAUGGCAACUGCAGGCAGACACAAGGUACCUGUGCAAGUCAGUUGCUAUUACAGUUUGUCUUAGAGGACACUUAGGCUUGGGUAGUGUAUUUAGACUGAGGCAAAAAGUUUAAACAGAUUCACCUUUUGGAGAAAUGCGUGUAAGCUGGCAUUCGGACUGGCUUGUCAACUGUUAUUGUUCAAGCUGUUUGCACUAAAUGUACUGUAAUACUUACAGCAGACAUUUUUUUAUGUUUUAUGAUUAGCACUGGUUGACAUGACCUGUUUGUUGUCAGGGUGAAACCGAUACUGUUAUGUAGGCCAAAAAAAAGACCUGUGCGCAAACAUUCAGAGGGCCACCAAAUUACUAGCUUCUGUUAUGUUGUUGGUUGCCUCAAACCACAGUGUGCUGCCAGGAGACUGCACCUGCAGGGGAGGAGAAACACUCUGCAAACACGUGGAGAAAGCCUCUCUGGAAACCAGGCACUAUCCAGGGAGAGUUCACGGACCAAACAACGAUGGCUAUCUCAGUUGUGUCCUCCCACGCAGCCAAACAACCCUGCGCUAAUCGCUGCAAUGCCUGGUUUGGUUUGGAUACAAUGAGAAAUGAAUGAGACCUUACUCAUUCAUUUCUCAUUGAAUAGUUUUCUCAUUGUUCAUUGAAUCAACUUUGAUUUAAUCAGACCUUGACAGGUUCUUUCCUGUGAUUCAUUCGGACUUGAAUUCUGCUUACAUAUUAAAGGUCUGCAAUAGUUUUUUUAUUUGGCUUUUUGCAAACUUCAGAUAGUUUGACACCUCACCUCUGGUCAUGAUGAACUUCAGCUCACGAUUCACUCCUCCAUUUUCAUGAAUGAAUCUGAGCUCCAGAUAUGAUAUCUGCUGAAGCUGUUUAAUGCAUGAUUGGCUCCAGAAAAGGGUUGUGUCCUGUCCUGUCUCUUACACACACACACACACACUCUCUCUCUCUCUCUCUCUCUCUCUCUCUCUCUCUCUCUCUCUCUCUCUCUCUCUCUCCAAGAUAUUCAGCCCCUCAUAUGCCCAGCAGGGGGAGACACUGAGCUCUGACCUUUGUCCUCCACUGCGGGUCUCAUGUAACUGACAGGCUUAAUAAUUUACCAAGUGAGCAGCAGCCUCUCAGAACAGCAGGACAGACCGAGACUAACUGAUGUUAAUGGUUUCCAGUCAGGUUAGUUAACCCGAGGAACGACACAAGUGCUUUCAGAGGGGUCACGUUUAUAUUUUAAACGUGUGGGUGGUUCUUCUCCAUAGGAGUGAUGAUCGGAGCCUUCUGAAGGUGAACUAAAACUCAGGGGCUUUGUGAAGCUAAAUGGAUCUAAGAGUUGCUUGGUGAAAGAGCACUCAUACGAUGGCACGUGUUUGAGAGACGUUAUCUUGAAAAAGCGCAAAUCGCCCAUGUCAGUAGUGCAUUUUUAAUUUGUGAAUAAUCAAGAGGCCGUUAUUUUAGGAAACUAAUAGUGGAGUAAUCUGCUUAGUAGAUUUGCAGACAAAGACCAAAUUAGUGAGCUUGCUGCUUCAACGCACAAUCCUAAUACCCCGCUAGGAAUUCAGCCUGGAUGAAAAGGGCGUUUGCACUCCAUGAGCAGUGAAUGAAUUUCUCCAUUCACUUAAUAGAGGAUACUGAGCCCGAGUGGACCUCGUCUGGUGACACAGUUUGGGAUUUUGGAAGUUUCCCCUGACAUUUAAAUAACUGCAGCUGUGACUAAGUUGAAGGCUAACACUAAAUUUAGGGUUGUGCUGAAACACAUUCCACUCAGAUUUGAAGUUGCCCUAAAAAAGCUGCGUGAAUAUUGUAUCAGCUGUUUGGGUCAGUGGUCACCUUACCCACUGUGUUGUAUGCCAUCAGAAAGCGUGGCAGCAAAACCAAUAACAACCAACUGUAACUGUCAAAAUAACUGGCAGGUCUUUACAGACUUCAUUCCAGGCUGAAAAGCAAUGUUUUUAAUGCCUUUAUUUGGAUUUGAGACCCACUAGAGGUCAACAACAACAAGAUUUUGUGUAGGUUAUACAUUCACAAACUUGCACUGGAAAACAACGAAAUCUUUUCAUUAUUAUUAGUGUUGAUUAUUAGUGUUAUUAGUAUUGAUUUAAAGAUUUUAACUCAAGGUUCACUUACUGUUUUGUUUUGGUUUUUUUUCCAAGAGCUUUUAAAAGCUGAUCAGUAGAUGCGUUUUGCUCAAUUGCCACAAUCUGUUGACACACUGAAAAAAAGAUAAAAAACAGCUUAGGGUUGUUAUUUCUAAAAAAAUCUACAUUGGCUACAGCAGGCAUUAAAGUACCCACAGGAAAUGUUUAAUGAUACCUAUCAUAGAGCUCUUCUCCUCCAUGUCUUAUUUGUAAAUUAUUUAGUUUACAAAAAAGCUAGCUAAAAUUAGCUAAAGAUUAUUUGCACUGUUGACUGCAAGGAAGCAAGGAAGUAUAAAUGCUAACAAUCUAGUUUUCAUCCUUUGAGUCAUUCAGAUUUCUCAUUAACAUGACUAGAAUGAUGACUUUGUUGGAAACUUUCUCUUUCAUUACACGCUGGUUGAGGUGAAAUCACACCAGACGAAGUUCACUGUGUGUGUUCGUGGUGACCACGAGUAUCCCCGACAGGACGUUUGAAUUUCCUCUUCCAUGCUGGCUGUCAACGAUUUCAUUCUUUAUGUUUUUAACAGGGUUUAGUUUUAAACAGGGUUUAUUUAUUGAGUGAAUCUAACAUUGCAUUUCACGCCUUUUUUGUUGUUGUUGUUGUUGUCUAAUCAGACCAAAAUGGUUGGUUUCAGAAGGUUUGCAUUGCAGUUCAUUUGAGAUUUACUAUUUUUGUGUGUGAAUGUACUAGUUUGAUUUUAAGAAACACUGUACAGAUAACAGAUUGUUUUUUUUCCUUUGUAUGCUGAUAUUUACUUUUUAUAAAUGCUUUGAGCGCUGUGUAAAGGGACCCAGCAUUUGGCAUGCAGUUGUGACUUUUGUAAAUGUACUAAUGCACUGCUACAGGCGAUGCUGUGUCAGCGUGUGCGGUCAGCAGAGAUGGAGGAUGUAAAUACUGUAAGAAAUACUGUGAAAAAGCUUACUGUACAGUGAUCCUUCACACGUCUGUAGAAGAAUUAUUUAACAGCUGUCAGUAAAUAUUUCCAUUAAAAUGUCUAAAAGGACAAAA